AUGAGCUUGCCCUGGAAACGGUUGAUUCGCUUUGUAGCCACGGACGGUCGCAUCCUGCGCGGCGAGCCCAUUGUCUCGAACGAUGUCGACUUGGGCUUCGUCACCGAGUCCGAUCAGAUCCAGGCGCGGGUGAUCUCCGGAGACGAUAUCUACGACACCACGGGCAAGACUCGAGUGACAGACGAGGUGGUCACGGUGAAGACGCUCCUGGGUCCCGCUGGCGCGGGAGGAGGUUCCUAUUCUGCGCUGCGUGGGGUUAAAUUACGCGAAGCACAUCCGCGAAGCAGGGCGUACGCCUCCUCCGUUCCCUUUCAUCUUCUUCAAGCCGAAUACGACGGUCCACGACCACGGCGCCCCGGUGGAGAUCCCCAAGAUCGCGCAGAUGACCAGGCGGACUACGAGGGAGAACUGGUAAGAGAGUCUCCAUCAGCUGUCGAUGGUAGUCGUAUUAACAGUUUGCCACGGCAGUGUCUCGUGAUUGGAAAAGACGCCAAAAACGUCCCCGUCGAGAAGGCCCUCGAAUAUGUCGCGGCGUACACCGUUGGCAACGAUAUUUCCUCCCGCAAACUGCAGAGAGACCCAGCCUUUGCCGGUCGCGUGCCGCAAUGGGGGUUCUCUAAGGGAUUUGAUACCUAUGCGCCCCUGGGACCUUGUCUCGUUGCGGGCUCGGAGAUUCCCGAUCCCACCCAGUUGCAUCUGCGGACCACGGUCGAUGGGGAAGUCAGACAGGACGAGAGUGUGUCGGACUUGCUGUUUGACUGCAAGUAUCUGAUCUCCUAUCUAUCGCAGGGGACGACUCUGCAGAAGGGGAGUGUGAUCAUGACGGGGACUCCAGGAGGGGUGGGAGCUGGGUUGACGCCGCCCAAGUACCUUGUCCCGGGUACGCAGAUGGAUGUCCAUAUCACGAAGAUUGGGACGCUGAGGAACAAUGUUGUGUUUGCUUGA